CAAAUGUGAAAGCAUGUCCUGAAACUAACAAAUGCUACAGUUCAACAACUGUAACACAGUAUGGAGACACCACUACAAAGGCAAAGAUUAAAGGUUGUCUUCCGUCACAUGCCUGUAUAAGUGGGUACACAAACUUCAGCUAUCCAAAUAUGUCUUUUUUCUGCUGUGACACGGACCUUUGUAACGCCCGAGAUGCUCCAGAUCCUUCUGUAGAGUCCAGUUCUACCAACUUUGGUAUCCCCAAUGAUGUUCCCAAUGGAAAGAAAUGUUUCUACUGUGAUUUGCAGAGCUGCUCAAACAUAAGAGACUGUUCGGGGAGUGAAGACCACUGCUUUACAGCAACAACAAAUUUUGGAAGCCAGUCAUUUGCUGCAAAAGGCUGUAUCUCUAAACAGGCUUGUGAUGCCUCAGCAUUGCUUCCUAGCAGUCAGGGCAUCACAUGUUGUGGAGGGAACCUGUGUAACAGUGUUCAGAGCAUCACUCAGAGCUUCCUGUUCCUCUGCUGUUCUCUGCUCUCCUUCAUCCUGCUGCACUGAAUCCAGCAGCUCUACACAUUCUACAAUGAUACUGAAUACAUGGCUUGCAUUUUCUUUAGUAUUCUGACGUGAUGAAG